AUGUUUGAGACUGGACGGCGAUCGGCUAUUAGCAGUUCGGAGCUGGGGCUUUACUCUGAUCGGGCUGAUCGAUACCAUUCGAAUAAAUACGGCUCUGUCGUCAAGAAAUUUGUCAUUGUAGUCAUGACAAUUGUUGCUGUCAUUCUGGCCGCCAUUUUCAUCUACGACUUUGCGUCUGGUACAUCGGCUACUAGCAAGGUCAGCCAGGAGACCAAGCACAUCUACAUCCUCCAAAAUGCCCUGAAGAAGUCCUCGAAUCUCUCAAAAAAAAUCACAACAACUUCGCAAAAGCCUGAGGUCGAGAGAUUGACGAUGGCUAAUAUCGAAGAUCGAUACGACGACGAUAUCAGGACGCUGUCCUUCGUCGACGCCGCGAAAAGUGGCAAAAAGGGCACGAGUCUCGACUCUGAUCCCAUCGAGCCUCGAGCCCAGAGUCUUGAGAAUUUCAAAUUGAGAAAGAGAUUGUUGGAGUCUGCAGAGAAUGAAGAUGUCGGAGAGGAAGAGGUCGAGUCGAAGCAGUUAUUCAGCAAUCAUGCGGUCGUCUAUCGAGUCAGACAAAUGUAUCCCCAUGGGCUGAAUGACGAUGAAGAACCACCAGAGGAGUCCCGACCAACCCCAUUCCACUUCCAACUGCAGAACCCCACCCCCUCCUCCUUCCAGCGCCCGAAAUUCCCUCAGUUGAGCCAGUACAGGUAUCCCCACAGCUCCAGGAACAUCCAGGAUAUAAUAAAAUACUUGACAAACGAUCCCGAGAGUUCGAAACGGGGUAUAAAGUUCACUGGGGUCUACAUGAAUCCCAAGAAGUACGAUCUCUACCCUGACAUCGGAGAGAUGAUGGCGAACAGCGAUAAGUCAGAGAUAGCUGUCACCGAAGAGGAAGCUGAGGACUCUGAAAGUUCACCUUUUCUGUUCAUGAAUAACGAUCCUUUCUAUCCUUACAAGCCUAAACAUCCUGCGGAUGUCAAUCUCCUGGCGCCUGCCAAUCUCAGAUUCUCCCCCGCAGGACUGCAACGAUACAACCCCUAUUACGAGUCCUACAUGCAGCGUCCCCUGAUGAUGAGGCCACCCCCACCCAUCGAAUCGUCCUACGACAGCGGUGCGUCAUACGCAGGGGCGUACGGAAACAAGAAGAGGAAGGCGAAGCCAUUCAGUGUGAUGUUGGACAUCUAUCCAAUAACUGAAUUGAACGAUCAACCGACGAACAAGAAACUAUCACGGCCGAGACCUGUGGCGAGCGCCGAGGAUUAUUCAUCCGAUCCAAGGAUACCUUUGACUUUUGGCCGAGGUGGACGAUACUACGGAGGCCAGAGCCAGCCGAUCCCUGUCGUGGCUAUUCCAGCGAGCCAAUCUGGAAUGUCGGAGGAAGAGGAGAAGCAGCAGAUGGUUUUUCACCUGAAUCUGUAUCCUCGGAAGAAAAAUAAACUCAGCAGAAAGGACAUUCUACAGGGAUCCGAAGCAAUGCGACCAGAAGACCAAGAGCAAUUCGUGCGGAAAGUCAUGUCUCCAUUCGAUGCAAUCACAAAACAAUUAGCUGAUCACUCUGUUAUCGAAGGAUUGAAGGAGGAAGGGGAAGAGAGUGAUUCCACUAAUUCACCGCUAACCAAAUACGAAGAGAGCUUUCUGGAAAUGCCAAAUGAAGACAAUAAAAAGGUCGACGAAGUGCCUCUCAAUCACAAAGACGAUAAUACCGAGGAAAAUGUGGAGACAACGAGCGAAGCCUAUCAAAUUGUCGAGAAUGAGACCAAAAACCCUGUCUCAAGUUUAGACAUCGACACACCUGAAGGUUUCCAGAAAUUCGCUGAUGGUCUGGUGGCGACAGACUGA